UCCAUUCUGAUUUUGUUCCCAUAUCUGAAAAAUGAAACUCCCUUACUGUGUGACGCAAAGCAUACUGGGGUGGUUAAUGCCCUUCACAUGCCAAUCGAAGCCAGGGCAGCUGGAGAGACUGAGCAUACCGCACUGAAAAUGGAGUUGUGGCUUUCUUCGGGGAUUGUUCAGGGGUCAUGUUGAUCAGCUACUGAGAGUUCAGUUGCGGCAGACAUGCUAACCCUGAUAUUGCAUGCCCACACGAGUAAAGUUUAAUAUUUCCGCAGAGGCGUUUCGACAACCUGACUGGCUUGGUCCCGCCCACCAACUCACCCGCCUAUGCAUAUUUUAUGCUAAUGAGCAAGUGCGCCAGCUCUUCAGGUGCUCGCCAAGCGCCUCGAGGAUGAGCCGGAUGGAGCAGAGCAGGCAGCAGCGGGAGUCCAGCCGGGGGGAUUUCACCAGGUGAUGCUGUCGAAACCUGACUGAGGAUCUGCAAAACACGAAUGGAUCCCUACUUAGGACUUACGAGCUGGGAAAGGCUUUUGUACUUUUUUAUUUUAUAUUUUUGUUUAAUUUAUCCAGUGCAACUGUCGAGGAGUGAUGUGGACGUGGAUAAUUCAAAAUCCGAUGAAUUAUAUAACAACAGCACCAGGAUAAAGCAGCAGAAAUGGGACACCACUUCCCAGGGAAGGCAGGGAUUUCAAUCAACAGAUGUGCCAUUAGUUCCCAACACAUCAUCUUCAAUGGAAUCUCUGGUCAGUCAAAACGACACAACCAAGACUGCCAAGGACUUGUCGAAGACAUCUCUCAUCUCCCAAAAAAGACUGGACUUGAACUUUACAAAAUUUUCAUCAAUUGUAUCAACCGGUACAUUACCAACAAGGCCAGAACAAUCAAAGCAACUACAAGUGACCACAGCAUCUCUCAACCAACUACCAAAUAGAACUGCAGCAUCCGGCAUGGACUCAAUCAGCAAAGCACAAUCCAAACAAUCUUUCACCACCUCAGCAAUCUCGAAGCCAUCCUCAACCCAGACAGUGCUCAGGAGCCAGUCACCAACCACUCUGGCUUCAGCCAUCCAAUCAGACAGCCCUACAACAUCCUCACAUACAACACUAGCCAGAAAGUCCUCAGUCACCCCAUCGACUCAAGCAGAGAUACAGGCAAGUCAGUCAUCCUCCAGCCAAUCAACAGCAAGCCAGUUUCCAGUCAACCAAGCAGUAGCUUCUGUAAUUACACGCCAAACAGCCAACCAAUCCAGAAAUAGAUUACAAACAUCAGACACAUUGACCAACCCACCGUCAUCAAAUCCAUCUACCUCUGACAAAUCUCCGAUUGGUUCAGGCAAACCAUCACCCCAAGCACCAAGUAACCCAACAGGAAACCCUGCAAACAGAAUCUUCUCACAUGAUGAACGCCCAAUUAAUGCUUCGGUUUUUACCAGAAAGGCAAAAGAAGCCCUGCGGUUUCAUUUGAUUUCAGAGUCAUGUUCUUUUCGAUGCCUGAAUGGUGGUUGGUGCACUCAAUCCAAGUCCUGUGACUGCAGCUUAUUUCAGGCCACUGGCCACCGGUGUCAGACAGUUCCAAAUCCUGGAGCUGAGAGGGAGAUGACAUGCAGAACCUGGGGUCAAUAUAACUUUGAGACCUUUGAUGGCCUCUACUACUACUUCCCCGGCCGAUGCACAUAUACGCUACUGAAAGACUGCGAGGAAACAACUCAGGCCAGCAUCGUUGUCCAGGUGCACAAUGACGCAGACUGUGGCUCCGAGUCUUACAGCUGCCAGCGCUCGGUCAGCCUUUUCCUUCCAUGGGAGGAUGAGAUCCGGUUGCACGCCACUUACGUGACAUUCAAAGGGCAAAGUUUGCAGCUUCCACAUCACAUCCAUGACCUGCAUCUAGAGCAGAUCUCCCAGUACGUGUUGGUGUCACAGACGCAAGGCUUCACGCUGGCCUGGGAAGGACGCAGCGGCUCAGUCUACAUUAAACUCAGCCCAGAAUUUGUGGGCAGAACCUGCGGCCUGUGUGGGAACUUCAAUGCAGAUGUACAGGACGACCUCAGGGCCAGCUACGGUGUCCUUACUCAUGAAAUAGAAAUGUUUGGAAACAGCUGGGCGGAGACGGCGCCACUCCAGGCCCCAUGUCCCACGGUGCCUUUUGGUUUCCCUUCACCUUGUACAGAAGUCGAUGUGCAUCUCUUGCUGAAAGUGGAAGAAAUAUGUUUAAUGCUGCUGGAUUCACCAUUCCAAAGCUGCCAUGACUUUGUCAGCCCCUUGUCCUACAUGGCCAGCUGCUUCAACGACAUCUGCUUGUCGGGUCCAACUGAUGAUGCGGUAUGUCAAGUGUUUACGGAGUACUCCCGAGCCUGUGCUCAUGCUGAUCAUCCACUGAGCAGUUGGAGGGACCAUAUUCCUCAGUGUGUGAAGGAGUGCCCUGAAGGUCUGCAGUACCUUGAAUGCAUCAGCUGUUGCCCAUCAUCCUGCAAGCAAGAGCGAACAUGCAUCGAUAGCAGGCUGGCCUGCCUGGAUGGAUGUUAUUGUCCCAAUGGUUUGAUAUUUGAGGACGGCAGCUGUGUGAUGCCUUCUGACUGUCCCUGUGAGUAUCAUGGCGUGUCCUACCCAUCUGGACAAAUCGUACAAGAGGAAUGUAGAAACUGCACAUGUGUAGCUGGAUUGUGGAACUGCACCGAAUACAACUGCCCAGGUGAAUGCUCUGUUACUGGUGAUAUCUAUUUCCAGUCAUUCGAUGGGCGUAUCUACACUUUUCCAGCAACGUGUCAGUACGUCCUAGCCAAAAGUCGCAUCUCAGGGAAGUUCACCGUCACCAUCCAGAAUGCCCCUUGUGGAGCUAAUCUAGACGGGUCUUGCAUCCAAUCUGUCGAUUUAGUUAUUGACGAGGAUCCUAGAAUGGAGAUUAAACUGAGCCACAAUGGUGAGGUCUUCAUUGCCGGACAUUACCGCAUCUCCCUGCCCUACUCUGACGACAACUUCCACAUUCAGGAGCUGUCGUCUAUGUUCCUCCAAGUGAAGACGAUGUUUGGCCUCCGUCUGCAGUACGCCUGGAAGGAGUUUCGUCUCUACUUGCAGGUCGGCGCACAAUGGAAGGAUGACACAGUGGGACUUUGUGGAACCUUCAACGGCAACAUUCAAGAUGACUUCUUGUCCCCUUCUGGUAUGAUAGAAAGCACUCCUUUACUGUUUGGAAAUGCUUGGAAGGUCUCGUCAGCUUGUACACUCAGCUUGAUCCCUCCUCAGCUUGACCCUUGCGACACACACCAACAAGCUGUGGCCUAUGCAUCCGAGAUGUGCGAUGUUCUGAACCAGGACCUUUUCUCCCCCUGCCACGAGUACCUCAGUCCAGUGCCAUUUCACCAGCAGUGCCGCUCAGAUACAUGCAAAUGUGGAACAGCUUGCUUUUGCUCUGCUCUGGCUCACUAUGCUCGCCACUGCCGCAGAUUCUCCAUUCUCAUUGAUUUCCGAUCACGUAUAGAUGAUUGUGCGGUUACCUGCCCCACCACCAUGCAGUAUGGAAUGUGUGUGUCAUCGUGCCAACGCCGCUGCUCAGCCCUCUCGUCUUCGCAGCACUGUGGGAGGGAGUGCGAAGAAGGCUGCGUCUGCCCACCGGAAUUAUUCUACGACCAGCGAACACACGCCUGCGUGCACAGGAAAGAGUGUCCCUGCACUUUCCUCGGUGCUGAAUAUGAACCAGGAGACGUGAUCAUGACAUCAGCUGGUGUUCAGUUGUGUCUGGAUGGUAUAUUUGUGUCACAAACAACAGACGCGGACAGCUUAUGCCCUGCGAGUCAGUUUUACCACAACUGCUCUGAUGGGGAGAAUGGCCUCCUUCCAGGAAGAGGUGUGGCCUGUGAGCGCACUUGUGAAUCUUACCUCCUCAACCUGACCUGCUCAGCACAUGAGCCAUGUGUCAGUGGAUGUACCUGCCCUUCUGGCUUGUUGAAACAUGGAGACGAGUGCUUUGAGCCUGAGGCCUGCCCUUGUCUGUGGAAAGGAAAAGAGUAUUACCCCGGUGACAAAGUGUCGUCCCCCUGCCAUCAGUGUGUCUGCCACCAUGGGACAUUCCAGUGUGUGUUUCGUCCAUGUCCAUCCAUGUGCACAACUUACGGAGAUCGUCAUUACCGAACUUUUGAUGGCCUGCUGUUUGACUACAUCGGGGCUUGUCAAGUUUAUCUUGUAAAGAGUAGUGCUGAUGUGAUUCUCAGUGUGACAGCAGAAAACAUUGAUUGUUUUGGCAAUGGCAUAAUCUGCAGGAAAUCACUUUUGAUCAACAUUGGAAGAUCCUUCCUAGCUUUUGAUGAUGACACUGGGCAGCCUACCCCAACUAGUGUCCUUGGAAGGAAUCAGAAGAUGGUCAUUUGGCCUGCCGGCCACUUCACUGUGAUUCAUUUCCCAGAGGAGGAAAUCACCAUCCUAUGGGACCGUAAAACCACCAUCCACAUCCAGGUUGGACCUCAUUGGCAGGGGAAGCUGAGUGGUCUCUGUGGAAACUUUGACUUGAAGACAGUGAACGAGAUGCGCACACCCGACAACAUUGACACAACAAGUGCACAAGAGUUUGGAAACAGUUGGACGGCAGUUGAGUGUGUGAAUGGUCCAGAUAUGAGACACCCAUGCACUCUAACUCCACUCAAAGAGCCAUUUGCCAAGCAGCAGUGUGCUGUUCUGCUAAGUGAAGUCUUCCAGGCCUGCCACCCAGUGGUGGAUGUCACCUGGUUCUACAUGAACUGCCUGGCAGACACAUGUGGCUGCAAUCUUGGAGGGGACUGUGAAUGUUUUUGCACGAGUGUGGCAGCGUAUGCCCAGCGUUGCUGUCACCAGGGAAUUCCUGUCGAUUGGCGCUCACCCUCUCUGUGCCCACACGACUGUGAAUUCUACAACAAAGUUCUUGGUAAAGGCCCUUUUAGGUUGCUGCCCUUCAGAGAUCGGACUUUGGUGCUUGUUGCCAGCAGGUCCAGCGGCUCAGUGUUUGUGAAGCGAGGAAACCUGAGUGACGCCCUCUCACAUUUUAUGAUGACACCAGGCCUGAGCAGAGCCCGACCACAUGAUACAUCACGGAUAUCCUUUGAGGCAGCACACAGGCCCAAUCACUUUCUGUAUGUGAGCCCCAGUGGGCAGGUGAAGCUGGUCAAGUGGGAGCAAAGUGAGGCUUUCCGGGAUGGAGCCACCUUUGUGCUCCACAGGGACACCUGGCUCUCAGGGUAUGACUCCCUGGAGUCCCACGCAAAGCCUGGAUUCUUCUUACAUUCUACCCUCCCUCGCCUCCACCUGCUCAAAUAUCGUCACACUGACAUCUUCCGGAAAGCCACUCUUUUCAAACUCGCAGGCUCUGGCUCAGACGCCCUGCCUCAUCCCCAGUGCCAGUGGAGAUAUGACUCCUGCAGCAGCCCCUGUUUCAAGACCUGCAGCGACCCAUCAGCAGUAGCCUGUGUGGCCAUCCCACAAGUGGAGGGCUGUCUUCCUGUUUGCCCCCCACAAAUGGUCCUAGAUGAAGUUACUCGUCGUUGUGUCUUUGUCGAAGACUGUAUAAAAGCCCCAAUUAUUUUGCCACUUGCAACUACGUCCUCCACAACAGCCACUGCGUCACUCAAGACAACUAUUGUCCCAUCUGCCCCUUCUCAGUCUACUCCUACCCCAAAAUUCACAGUUCCCGCUCUGAGCACAGCAACAUCUGCUCCAAUUUCUGAUGAGUCAAGUAGACCAAGCCUCCCCUCACCUCCUGCAAUUCCUGAACCUUCCAAAACACCAGCACCUCUUUUGCCUUUCCCCCCCACGGUAAGGCCUGAGAUGGAAGAACCUCUGUCGACUCUAAAAGUGACAGCCCGUACCACAGCUGAGAGUGCUACCAUGAGUCCCUUUGGAUCCAGCAUCUUCAGUUUGAGCAGUACUCCCUUUGCAAUCACUUCUCUUUUCCGGCAAACUUCCUCCACCAGGCCCACUGAUGCCCUCCGGCCACGCUACACCACAAAAUCCACACCCACUACAGUAGUAACUACAAGUUCUACUGAGGGGUCAACAUCCACUUCUCCUCUUGCCACCAAGGAGUCCACAGAGACGACACAUUCAUUUGUGGCAUUCCCAUUUGGAACCACUUCUCAAACUCCGGCAGCUUCAGAGAGUUCUAUAGUGACCAUGCCCAGAUCUACUGACACUACAUCCACAGAAUCUACGAGCACAAAAGGUCACCCAAGGUCUCCAAUUGCACCCAUCGCUCCUGGUUUACAAAGCACUGCCUCUUCAUCCACGUCCUCACUGCUUACCCCACCUCCUGUCAAAACAGCAACCCUGUCUAGGCUAACAGUCACUUCAGCGACAACCACAGACGUAGUCACUCCAUUUGAACCCUUUACAACCAGCUCAACAUCACAAUUCCUUAGUCCAAAGACAAUGGCCCCUCCCGUUUCUACGUUUACCACUGAGAAGGUAUUUUUAACCACCCCAGCUGCUCCUGAGGUACCAACAUCAUUGCCAGCCCAAGUCGUGCUGACUUCAACUGUGCCCAGUCCUACCUCGUCUACCUCAGACCGGCACGCAACACCAAAGACAACAACCACACUUGAAUCUCCUGUGCCCAAAGCAACUGCUGCCAGCUUAUCAACGACUCACCCACCCCCUCAGCAUACAACCACAAUUUCUGGGUCUACUUCCACUCAGUCUACAACUUCAAGACCUCCAAGAAUAACUGUAGCCACUACUGUAGCCAUUAGCCCAAUUUUAUCAGCAAAAUCAACUGUACCACCACUUAUCCCCAAGGAAACGUUUAUUCCUCCACUAUCACCAAGCACCACCACACAGUCGUCACGGCCAUGGCGUCCUCCCCAUUUCUUCACCUCUUCCAGCCAGUUGCACAGUCCUACAACAAAGAUAACACCACAGCGCACCUCUCAAACUGUUCCAGACAUGGUCAGUUCAACUAAAACAACGGAAUUGCCUCGGCUUCCGGUGUCAAGGCCAGUCAUCACCUCUGCUGCACUGGCUGCAAUCACAGCCAUGACUGCUAAGACUACAUCUCAUAGGGUGUCUACUGGUGAAUUUACGACCAAGACACAUGUUACAACAGUGCUCCCCCCAAGACCCGAUGUCCCUGAUACGUCUCUCACCACAGGACCUACAAGAGCUGCCACUGUCACCACCAUCCUCAGACCUGUUACAGUCCAACCCGUCACUGUGACAACACACACAAUAACGGGCAGACCGGAAUUUACAAGAGACACAAUCCCACCAAUCUUAUCUGUCUCUCUACCUGACACGACUUCUUCAACAUCAAGAAAAACAACUUCCACUGCCAAGGUCACCGAACGUCUUGUUUCAACUGUUACAUCUACAUCUGGUGAAACAACUACAACUGCAGUCACACAGAUGACCUCUCCCAGACUGACACAGAGAGAAACAAGACCGCUGGCAGCAACCACCAAACCAACCACCUCAACAACUGUAUUUGGAGUUCCAUCUCUAACUAUAUCCACAACACCAGCAGAAGCAUUGACCACAGUGAGCACACCAAAAGCAACACCUUCUGCAGCCAUAACCACAAUGCCCACCACAGUGGCCCCACUUCCCAUGCCUGCGCCAACCAUACCAAUCUCCGGCCUGUCAACCCUGGAAUCUGAGGCAGCACCAGUCUCUUCCCAACCAAUGACAUCCCCACCACUUGAUAUAACCGUCCAGACUCAGAAACCUGGUGUUCUUACUCCUGACAUAACGUCCAUCCCUGUAAGCAGAACGGUCCAGACAACUGUGCUGGAUAGGAUGAAUCGCACCAGUCCUGGUGUAACAACACCUUUUGGGCCAGUGGAAAAAACAAAGUCCACCUCAGAAAGCAUAACGUCUAUGGCUGUAUCACUCACAAGGAUGUGUACGCCUCCGUAUGCAGAGAUAGUUGAUGAGUGCACCAAGUUCAUCUGUGUCAACAACCAGCUGGUCUUGUUCAACAAGUCCCAAAGCUGCCCCUUCUCCUCCCAGCCAGUCAACUGUGGCUUGCUUGGCUUUGCCAUAUUGGUCAACGGUGACAAAUGUUGCCCCCAGUGGGACUGUCCAUGUCGCUGUUCUGUGUUUCCAGACUUGAAUGUGAUCACGUUUGAUGGAAAUAGUGUUGCCAUCUAUAAAGCGGCCUGGUUCAUAGUCACUAAGCUACCCAAUGAGACAGUCAGCGUUCUGAUACAGGAGUGCCCUGAUGCAUCCGAUUCGCCACUUUGGUGGAAUUUUACAAACCUGUGUCUAGUGACACUCAACAUCACCCACAAUUCCAACCACAUCGUCAUUGACAGGCUCCAAAGGAGGCUCAAUGUCAACUCACGGUAUGCCAGGCCUCGUUUUAAAAAGUUUGGUUUUGAGAUCUACGACACGGGCAACAUGUAUCUGAUCCGAAGCCCGGCUGGUCUCCAGCUGCAGUGGUAUCACAGCACUGGAAUGAUGGUGAUCGACAGUGACAGCCCCAGCAAGAAGCUGCCCACUAGGGGCCUUUGUGGUUUAUGUGAUGGAGACAGAAGAAAUGACCUGACUCUGGCCAAUGGCACCGCUGUGGGAAGGAAUGAGGAUCCAUCGGCAUUCAUCGACAGCUGGCAGGUUCCCAACACUACCAGCUAUGUCAGUCAUAGUCGGCGGAGAGAGUUCAACUGCUCCACCAGUGACUGCUCCCGGUGCCUUGUCAUGCUGCAGAAACCAUCCUUCUUCCCAUGCCACGCCUAUGUCUCCCCAAGUACUUUUUGCGAGGUUUGGGUCCGAGAUGUGGAGUAUGUGAACAACCAGUGUGUGGCACUGGCUGCCUACGUAGCCUCUUGCCACAAAUUCAACGUCUGUAUCGAGUGGAGGAGAACAGAUUUCUGUCCCUUCACGUGCCCUGAAACUCUGCGCUAUCAAGCCUGUCUGCCAGCCUGCACGUCUCAGUCAUGUCCCAAUCAGGAUUUUGACUUAGAACCAGCCCACUGCUCAGGCCUUACCGAGGGCUGUGCCUGCCCCAAAGGAACUUUGCUCCAUCGGCCAUACACUGCCCUCUGCAUACCCUCCAGCAAGUGUGCCUGCACUGACAGUUCUGAGGUUCCACGUGCACACGGCGAAGUGUGGAAGGCCUCGAAGGACUCCUGUUGUAUGUUCCGCUGCGACAAGGACACAGUCAUCCCUGUGGAGUACAACUGUUCCACCACCACGGCGCCUGUGUGCCAGCGAACAGGGGAGGUCGUUGUCAGCCUGGCGGACGACACCAAUUGCUGCCCCCGAAAAGUCUGUGUGUGUAAUCUGACUCACUGUGAGCUCCUGCCUCCGGACUGUAACUAUGGGGAGAAGCUCGUGUCAUACUACCAAAAGGACUCGUGCUGUCCAGAUUACGUGUGUGAGUGUGAUCCCACAAGUUGCGAGGCAGAGAUUCCCACCUGUCGAAGUGACCAGUUCUUAAUCGCAGCCAGAGCUGAUGAUAGCUGCUGCCUGACUCACAUCUGCGUCUGUUCAUCUUGUGUGGACACGCCUCCACUGUGUCGGGAUGGGGAAGUUCUGACUGUUAGCCGGGAAACUACAGACCGCUGUUGCCCCUCCUACCAAUGUGUAUGUGAGCCCUCCAGGUGUUCUCAGCUCAGCUGCCCGUUUGGGAUGUCACUGGUGUCAGUGUCCAGUUCAGACCACUGCUGUCCCAACUACACAUGCGUGUGUUCCUGUGACCAGAUUACGCCCCCUAAAUGUGAACUGGGUGAGGUUUCUCAGCUGGAGCAGGCCUUACUGUCUGACUCACAGAAUCAAUGUGGCUGCAAAAGAUACAAGUGUGUGCGAGAGGCGGUGUGUGUGUACCAGGGCGUGGCACAGGGGGUGCUGCGGCCCGGUCAGACCCUGGUGGAACAUCGCGAGGACGGUUUAUGUUACAGUCGACAAUGCAGCCGCGUCAUGGACAUGUCAAGUGGUUAUCACGUACUGCGGACCAGCACCACCAACUGCUCUGCCCUCUGCCAGCUCAAUCAGAUCUAUAGCCCUGCAAAAGACCAGUCAACAUGCUGUGGUGUUUGUAAGAAUAUAUCCUGCCUCUACACUCAUGAGAAUGGGUCGACGGUUCUCUAUAAGCCAGGGAAAUCAUGGGUGUCCAACUGCCUCAAGUUUGAAUGCACAGACACUAGAUCUGGCCCGACAAUGAUCUCCUACCCCUUCAGCUGUCCCCACUUCAAUGAAACAGAGUGUAUCAAGAUCGGAGGAACUGUCGUAAGUUACAUGGACGGAUGUUGCAAGACAUGUACUGGAUUCCUUCGCUUCCCUUUCCCUCUUAGCUCCCUGACUCCCACAGUAAACACAAACUGUGAACGAGGCAAAGAAGAUGGCAAGUCGUGUCAGAAGGUGACAGUGAGGAUGACUAUCAGGAAGAAUGACUGUCGCAGUAACAGACCGGUCAACAUUGUGUCAUGUGACGGCAAGUGUCCGUCUGCCAGCAUCUACAACUACAACAUCAACACGUACGCUCGUUUCUGCAAGUGUUGUCGGGAGAUGGGGUUGCAGCGGCGCUCUGUGCAGCUCUACUGCAGUGGCAACUCCACCUGGGUCAGCUACAGCAUUCAAGAGCCCACCGAUUGUUCCUGCCAGUGGUCCUAGAACGCAUAUUGCAACGACCCUCCCUCACGCACAGGUUCAGGUCCUACCUACAGAACCUCAGAAGAGUAUGUCAAACAAUCUUCUGGCUGUCAUUAUACUGUGGAAAAAAAGUUGUUGCAUCUCUGGGAGGGAAGUGAUCGGCGCAGAAGCAUCGAGCUGGCAGCUGCAAACACAUAGCGCACUGUGACAUUUGACCUCUGACCUCCAAAGGGCUAGAGAGAGACACAUUUACAUUGCAGGGAUAGAUAUAGUCACAGAAAAGAAUAGUUAAAGAGUAGCCCCACCACUGCCCCCCAACACCUCCAAAACAACGACUUAUGCUUCAUUGAUAAACUUUAAGAGAAGUGAUCCGGGAAGGUUGUGUAACGUUUGCAUGUUCUCCCCCGUGCCUGUGUGGGUUUUCUCCGGGUGCUCUGGUUUCUUCUCCCCAUUCCAAAAACAUAUAUGGCAGGUGAAUGAAAUACUCUAAAUCAGGGGUGCCCAAACUUUUUGGACCGAAGAUCUACUUUUCGAUCAACUAACCUCACGGGAUCUACACUUACCGGCACGCACGCACAUGGGCUCACACACACGCACGCACGCCAUGAUGAGAAACAGCCUGAAACUGAGGCAUGCGAUGCACUUUUGCAGCCUGUUAACUAUCGUAGCUCACACGUACCGUUUUAAAGUGCUUCCCUGGGCCCUCCUAGGUUCCUAUUCUUUGCCUGUGCCCUCGGUGAAUUGUACACGAAGCAAACUCUGAAUGAGAAUAAUGACGAUAAAAUAUAGAGCGCAACAGCUCUUAUCAGAAGCUGCAAUUGCAGACUGCUGAGUGCUAACCACUUCCGGUGACGUAAUCACGCGCCACCGUAAAUUCAAGAUUUACCUGCUUUAUUUUAUUUUUUUAAAUAUUUAUUUUGUGAAAAUGAGUCUGAUAGGAUGAUUAGGGUACAGCGUAAAUUAACACAAAAAAAUAUAUUACGAACAUUUACAAAGACACACAAAUGGUUGUUUGUUUUUUUUCUCCUCGACACUCCUCGGAUCUACUUCGGACCUGUCUUAGAUCUACCGGUAGAUCAGGAUCGACGUAAUGGGCACCCCUGCUCUAAAUUGUCCCUAGGUGUGAUUGUUAGCGCAAAUGGUUGUAUGUCUCUGUGUGCCCUGCGAUUGGCUGGCAACCGAUCCAGGAUGUCCCCCGCCUACUGCCCGAAGACAGCAUGAGCACUCUUUUGAGGAUAAGUACAUCAGAUAAUGGAUGGAUGGAUGGAUGAUACAGGAAGGUGAUUGGCAUUUUGAGGAGAGCUUCAGGAAUGGAAAAAAAUCAUUAUUAUCCUCUAUUUUUAGUGCUUGUUCUCCCUUUAUAUGGAGUUCCUUAUAUUACCUUAUCUUCAAAAUUGAGCAAUUUUAAGUCCCCUAUCGUGAGGUAAAAGUUUCAAAGUUUCUGAAGCAACUGCCAGUAAGGACUAAAUGUCAGAGGAAUUAAAAAGGAUUCUUUUACAUUUUUAUUUGAUGAAUCUUGUUAAGAGUGCCCCACUGCAGUGUUUACAUUUGUUUAAAAAUAGGUUUAGUGGAGAUGUAGAUGUGUAUGCAUUUCAAAGACCUUUUAGAAAAAUGCCUGGUGAUCCAUUGUUUGGAUUUUUCCUCCUAGUUUUUGGAAAUAUUGUUUUUAUCAAACAACUUUUGUAAAUAUCAAAUUCCUUGACAUUUCACAUAUAUAACAAACGUAUAUUUGAAACGGCAAUUAUUAUCUACUGUAUUCGAUACUAUAUUACACGAAUGAUUGUGACUUACCUGAUUUAAAUCCAGUUGUGCGUCGAGCACUUUAUUUAUUUGGGACUGACAAAGCAUACCGUAAUUGUAUCCUUGAGCCACCGAGACAAAAAUAAGCAUUGCAGCUUAGUAAAACACAUUUUCAUUGAAGGGGAUUGUGAAUUUGGUUUCAUUUUUUGUUUUUUUGUUUUAAGUCUGUGAAGAAAAAUUAAAAUUAAAAAAAAGCUAUAAAAGUAUCAAGUAUAUUAUCGGUCUUUUCAUCAUAAUUCACUUGCUAAAUUUCUAUUGGUAUAUAUCAACCACGGGCGGCAUGGUUGGCAAC